CCCCUCCCUCGGGAGAUGAUUUUUCCGUUGGCCGGGGAGGACUGUGGCUCAUGCUGCAGUCACGCAGCGUGGACAAGCAGCACGCCGUCAUCAACUACAACCUGACAACUGAUGAGCACCUGGUGAAAGAUCUGGGAAGCCUGAAUGGGACGUUUGUGAACGACCUGCGGAUUCCCGAUCAGACCUACAUCACACUCAAACUGUGCGACAUCAUCCGCUUCGGAUAUGAUAUCCUUCCCAGUCUCCUUGUUUGUGUGUGUUUAUAUUGGGUGGGGCGACAGUGGUGUUGGGUGUUUGCCCGGCAACUGAAAGGUUGUCGGUCCAAGCCCUGGCUCUAGUUUCCAUCAUCGUUGUGUCUUUGGGAAGACACUUCACCUGCAUUACCACCUUCUGAUGGUGGUCAUAUGGUGGCGCCAGCCUACGGCAGCCUGGCUUCUAUCAGUGAGCCCCAGGGCAGCGGUGGCAGCUCACCACCAUCAGUGUGUGAGUGGAUGGCUGAAUGUAGUGCAAAGCUCUUUGGUCAGGUCCCCACCGGCCGUUUACCAGGAACUUCUGGAAUAUUCACCAACGUUCUGAGUUCAGCCAGACCUCAUGGAGACAUUAGUCUGAUCCCAAUAUGUCUGACCCCCAAUCUAACCAGAGAGGUUUAUUUAGAUUACCUGUGGACUAAAGGUCAGAGUUUAAAAUAUACAGGUAACGCUUAAGGUAAAUAUCAGGGUUAUACUUAAUGUCAGGGUUAGGGUUAAUGUCAGGGUCAGGUUU